ACUUGCACAGGAUCUAGUUUCUGUUGUGUCUGUGACUCGUUUAUUGAAUCAUGCUGUUGGCUACUCUGACAUAUAAGAGCCGCCAAAUAUCUGUUUUGUCUGCGUCUGCUUCGAAUUGCCGCUUUUUGAUUUAUAAAAAUGGGUGAUGUGAAUAUGGAAUUGAUUGAAAAACGCUUAAAUGACGCAGGCGUUUGUAUUGAAAAUCUUACAGAACAAGAGAAGACACAGUUUUUUAAUGCGAUUAAAGAUUCUGAGUAUACAGCCAUGCAAGAAGAUCAAACAAGAAAGAAUUCUCAAGGUUCAGUAGAAGAAACUGAUACUGAAACAACUGUUAAGGAGACAGAACCAGACGUAGAGUCCACAUCGAAUAACACUGAUGCCGAAAGCUCAGAACAAAAUGACAGUGACACACAGGAUGUGUCAUCAUCAGCAAAGAUUGAUGAACGUAUAAAAGGAUUUCGCGAAUCAUUAGAUCCUGAUCAUCCAUUAUUAACAACAACGAAAGAUAAUGUGAAGGAUCUAGCAAUGCGAUUGUAUAAUUAUCACCUUGAGCGUUCUCGAUUGCUUGAAUUAGAAGCAAUUCAAAAAGGAACUAGGGCUCCAUUACCUAAACCAAUACCAGCUUCUAGCUUGUCUGAACAUAUUAAUUACAGUACAGAUGAGGGUGAAAACACUUAUGUGUGCAGAUCUGGUCGUCAAACCAAAAGAAAGAAUUAUAAUGAAGUGUUGGAUACAAAUGGGACUGAUAAUGCAACAACAAAGAAACCCAAGCCAGUCAAAGAAGAUGAUGAAUGGAUGACCAAGAAGUCAAAGGCUCAAGCCAAACCAAUUAAAAAAUCUGAGCAACCAUCUACAAGCAAGAAGAUGGAUGACACUAAAGAAAAUUUAAACCCGAAAAGUGAGGGUCGCACUUAUAGGAAGAAAAUGACAAAUGAAGAAAUCCUCAGCAGAUCUUCACUAUUCUCCGACUCACCAAAAUCUAGCAGGAAUGCUACUAUUUUGGAGAAUGCACAAGUGGAAGUAGAAAAGAAGAAAAAGGAGGAAGAUCAAAUGGAACAGUUUGAUAGGAGUCUUAAUAUUUCAGAGGAAGAACAGACUCAAACUAUUGAAGAAGCUUUUCAAAGAGUACGACUUACUCCACCGCUACCGAUUGCUUGUAGGCGUCCUAUAAACUACAGAAAAAGACGAGGGGGUGCUGGAGAUGGUGCAAGUUCCUCAACAGAAUCACAUUUAACAGAAAUAAAUAAAAAUAAAGGUACCAAUUUACGUAAAAAUGCCAAUCGACAGCAAGAGGCAGCAGUAUCAACUCCAGUUGAAAUGGUUACUUGCCCAAUUUGCACCAAGGAUUUCCAUCCGGAUAAAAUUGAGACACAUGCAUCAUCUUGUGGAGAAGAGUUUGUAAUGGAUGUAGCAGAACCUGACCGAGAUGAGAGAAGAAAGUGUGACUUUUGCGACAAAAAUUUUUCUCUUGACGCUGAUUAUGAAGUACAUGUUAAGAAAUGUGAACUACAACAUAAACAACCCAAUAAGUAAUAACUUAUUAAGUAUUGAGUGGACUCGUGAUGAAUCUCAAAAUGAAAAUGUUUACUUUAUAUAUUUCUUCUUUUAUUGUUUGAUUUUCUCAUGGGUUACCAAAGAUCUUUUAAUAGCUUUAAUUUUGUUCGUUUGUGAAUACUGUUUAUUUGUUAAAAAAUCCUAGCAGGAUAGAAUUUAAAUUUAUUUAUUUUUUAGGAGUAAUUUAACUGAAUUUCUCUAUUUUUCUAGAAUAUAUUUUAUUUUGUAAAUUUGAAUUUCUAUUCAAAUAAAGUUUUUGUUCUUGCUAAAAUAAAAAUCAAAAC